CCGGCGCGGGAGAUAAGGUUCGCGGAGGCCGGAACCGGGUUUCUGGGCUCAGGGCUUUGGGCCUGCAGUGAGCGGGGCUGGGCUGGCCGUUUUCCCUCAGAAAUUAGGCGGCCCUAGGGGAGUGGGCAGGAGUACUUGUGCGAUACUACUGACUUGAGCAGAGGUGGUGGGGAGGGGCGGUUUAUCGGUGCCCGGUCGCUCGGAAGGGACAGAUAUCGUUGUGACACUGCGGCGACGCCCUAAGGGGACCGGUGUCUGUGUGGCACCGGUGCACGCUGGAGGAGCCGGCAGAACCGGGUGGCCAUGGGGAUGUGGGCGUCUCUGGAUGCGUUGUUUGAGAUGCCGGCGGAGAAGCUUAUCUUCGGGGCAGUGCUGCUCUUCUCUUGGACAGUGUACCUUUGGGAGACCUUCCUAGCGCAACGACAGAGGAGAAUAUAUAAAACAACAACUCAUGUACCAAUGGAGUUAGGACAGAUCAUGGAUGCAGAAACAUUUGCAAAAUCUCGACUCUAUCAGCUGGAUAAAAGUACUUUCAGCUUCUGGUCAGGACUCUAUUCAGAGAUUGAAGGCACUCUUAUUCUUAUCUUUGGAGGAAUCCCUUAUCUCUGGAGACUCUCUGGACAGUUUUGUGGCUAUGCUGGCUUUGGAUCAGAAUAUGAGAUUACUCAGUCUUUGGUGUUUCUGCUAUUGGCUACACUUUUCAGUGCAUUCACUGGUUUACCAUGGAGUCUUUAUAAUACUUUCGUCAUAGAAGAAAAACAUGGUUUCAAUCAACAGACGUUGGGGUUCUUUUUGAAAGAUGCAAUUAAGAAAUUCAUUGUAACUCAAUGCAUCUUAUUGCCUGUAUCUUCACUUCUACUUUACAUUAUUAAAAUUGGAGGUGAUUAUUUUUUUAUUUAUGCCUGGCUCUUCACAUUAGUUGUUUCUCUGGUACUUGUCACAAUCUACGCUGAUUAUAUUGCCCCUUUAUUUGACAAAUUUACACCUCUGCCCGAGGGAAAACUUAAACAAGAAAUUGAAGUAAUGGCAAAGAGUAUUGACUUUCCUUUGACAAAGGUGUAUGUUGUUGAAGGAUCUAAACGCUCUUCCCACAGCAAUGCUUACUUUUAUGGCUUCUUCAAGAACAAGAGAAUAGUUUUGUUUGACACUCUACUAGAAGAGUAUUCUGUACUAAACAAAGAUACCCAGGAGGAAUCUGGCAUGGAACCCCACAAUGAUGGCGAAGGGGACAGUGAAGAAAUAAAAGCUAAAGUUAAAAAUAAGAAACAAGGAUGUAAGAACGAGGAGGUGCUUGCUGUAUUAGGUCAUGAACUGGGGCAUUGGAAGUUGGGACACACAGUCAAAAAUAUCAUUAUUAGCCAGAUGAAUUCUUUCCUGUGUUUUUUUCUGUUUGCUGUAUUAAUUGGCCGAAAGGAGCUUUUUGCUGCAUUUGGUUUUUAUGACAGCCAGCCCACCUUAAUUGGACUAUUAAUCAUCUUCCAGUUUAUUUUUUCACCUUACAAUGAGGUUCUUUCUUUUUGCCUAACAGUCCUAAGCCGCAGAUUUGAGUUUCAAGCGGAUGCAUUUGCCAAGAAACUUGGGAAGGCUAAAGACUUAUAUUCUGCUUUAAUCAAACUAAACAAAGAUAACUUGGGAUUCCCUGUUUCUGACUGGCUGUUUUCAAUGUGGCAUUAUUCUCAUCCUCCGCUGCUAGAGAGACUUCAAGCUUUGAAGAAUUCAAAACAAGACUGAGUUGCCCAAGAAAAAUAUUUUUGAUUCUUUCUGUCCUGGCAGCAUGUGCUCUUGGUGUUUUUAAAUAUUUGUUGUUGUUGGGUUGUUUUUUUUUUUUGUUGUUGUUGUUUUUAAGAAAAAUUAUUAAGUA